AUGCUGGCCACGAAGCGCCCCCGUCGCGCUGUUUCGACCGAAGACUCGCUGGACCCGCGCGUGAUGACGGAGCGACAGCAGCUGGCCUUUCUGCUGCGUGCAACUGCACCGUCUGACGCGUCAGAGAGAUCAAGUAUCUCGAGCAGCUCGGAUUGUUCCAGUGAGGACGAGGACGAGGAGGACGAAGCGCCACGUCGAUCACGUGCCGUUAAGCGCGGCAAAGCGCGUACGAAUUAUGUGAGUGGGACGACGGAGAAGCCGUUCCCAGAAGCUCUCCCAGUGAUUUAUUGUGGUCGUGGUCGACCGCCGAAGAACUCAAUUAAGCUGCCAAGGGAUACCUUGCAUCCGUAUGCUCCUCGAUCAGCAAGAAUAUCGCCGAGGAGUCGGUGUACCCCAUCCGCAGAUGCAGAGGUGGCUGCUGCUGUUGCUGCGAGGCUAAGAGCGGAGAAGAUGGCAGUGUGUCGAGCGCUCAGGGCAGAGAGGAAGGACAGGGACGUUCAUGUGAAGCAGCAAAAGACCAGUCCGUCGAGCGCCAGCGAUGUAGCCAUGUUGAAUAGUGCAGCUGGAACGCCGUUUUGUGCGCUGUGCUGCGACCUGGAGCCAUUCUGCGAUGCGCCGCUUUUCCUGUGUCCGGCGUGCGAUCAGAAGUACCCGACGCAGCAAACACUUGGUCGUGUCUGCAUGACAUAG